CUUUAUUACUAAUUUUAGUUCCAUAUAAUGAAAACUGUAUCAAUGAUUAUAGUGCUUUUAAUAGCCGUAUUGGGCAUGGUUCAAGGGCAGAUCCCUUACAUGCCAGGAGGACAAGGAGGCCUAGGGGGAAUGGGCGGACUGGGGGGACAGGCGAACAUAGGGUUUGGAUUUAAUGCUGGUGUUGGUGGUGGAGUUGGAGCCGGUGGCGGUGCUGGUGGAGAUGUUGAACAGUAAACAGAAUCAAAACAUUAUCAGAAGUUUAGUUGAUCUAGCAAUUAGUCUAAAUUUAUUAAAUUGCGUGUACCCAAAUGUACGAAUAAAGAUUCAAAUUUAAAA